AUGGCCAUACAAAAAGCAGAAAAGGCCUUGGCUCUAGCUUUUCUGGACCUGAGUGGCCCCAGUGAGAUUAAAGGUGUCUGGAAGGAGUCUAUCACUCUGCCUUGUGCCUUUGUGCCUGUGGAGGACCUUGUACAGCAAACCCUCACCUGGACUAUGGUACAUGACAAGGGUUCAGGCAUCAUCUUUCAGAGAGAUGGCUCUGGUGACCACGUUCUCCUGUCUGAGCACAGGGACAGAGUCAGCAUUCCAAAGGAUGCCCCAGGAAAUGUGUCUCUCCUCAUCCUGAACCUGGACAUUUCUGACAGAGGAACCUACACCUGCCAGGUCACCUGGAGAGACAGCAACAACAGCCUGAUAGCAAAGGAGAUCACCACCAAAUUAGAGGUUGUUAAAGUGGCAGCCACCAAGCCCAUCAUCAGAGGUGGAGAGCUGGGGCUGAUGGUCCCGGCCAGAGCCAGCACCAGCCUGACCUGUGAAGCCAGUGCCCCUCCCAUCAGCUACCGCUGGUUCAGGAGCGCCCCGGUGGGCAGAGCUGUGCUUCUGAGUACUGGAGCUGAGCUGGCGUGGCCCAGCCUGCGGCCCUCGGGCAGCGGGGCAUACUUCUGCGAGGCGGAGAACAGGGCCGGGGCCGUGCAGCGCAGCGAUGCUGUGCAGCUGACCAUGACAGGUGAGUGCCCACAGCCACAGCUCAGAGGAGAACAUCCAUCUGCAGGGCAAACGAGCAGCAUCCUACUUCCCUGCCCGGAAAGAAGGAAAUGCUGAAUGCCUUCAGUGCUCUGACACAUCCCUCCCUGCUGGCUCAAGUCUGUGCCCUUCUUUAUUUCCUGUAUUCAGUUUCCUCCUUGUAACUGAAUUUCUUAGAAAUCGUGGACACAAUGUGCUGUGGAAUGAGAUUUGAGCUAUCUUAAACUGGGCUUCAGAUUUGAGCCUGCUAGGCCUCAGAUUUGGGCCUAUGUAGAAGUAGAUAAGCUUUGUGGCGCAGUUAGAAAUUAAGGUGUGGGCAUAGACUGUAUAGGACAGUUAGAGUGAAGAUACGGUAGCUGCCUUAAACUGAAAUAGUUUACAUACUUGUUCACUCUGAAUGCCAAUAAGAAUGCACCUGCAACUGUAAAUUAUUUUGCACUGUAUAAAACCAGCCAUUUCACGAAUAAAGAGGAGAACGUAU